AAGCAAGCCCCGCCCCUUCCCGGAAGCGGCGCCACAUCCCGCGCGGUGGCUCUGUGGGGGGGCGCGCAAUGGCGUUCACGCUGUACUCGCUGCUGCAGGCCGCGCUCCUCGUUGUUAACGCCGUCGCCGUCCUGCACGAGGAGCGCUUCCUCCGCCACGUUGGCUGGGGAAGUGAUCAAGGGAUUGGAGGAUUUGGCGAGGAACCAGGAAUUAAAGCACAGCUAACCAACCUUAUUCGAUCCAUACGAACGGUUAUGAGAGUGCCGUUGAUAGCAGUGAACUCCCUUACAAUCAUUCUCCUCCUGUUGUUUGGCUGAAGAAACCUGGUGAAAACCUCUCGGACACCCAAAGAACCAAGUUGAUGACCAUCUCUGCUCUGAGUUUUCGGGGAUCCAGCACUGUUUAGCUGCUGAUUUGACAUUCGACUUAAAAUAAUAAAAGACACUCUUUUUAUUUAUCCUAUUUCCUAAUGUUCAUUAACCAAGAUAUGGGGAUCAAUGCAACAACGCUGCAGAUAUAUUGGACUGUGACAAGUUCCGUUGCUGCCUGUCAAUUGCUUUGACUGUUAGAGUGUGCAUCAUAACUGCAGUCAUUUUCGAUGGGAUGCAGUUCUUAAAUGUCUCCUUGCUCAGGGAUGGAUUUCCUUCAGUACACUUCCCAAUUUAUUUUUAAAUUGAGAAAAACAACAUUGGUUUUUAUUUCAGUUACCACCUAUUGAAUUAGGCUCUGAAAAUGUGUUGCAAAUUGUUGAAGUACAGUUGUAAAACUGACUGGGUGAAGUCCUGGCUCAGUUCACUCUGGAAGU